AUGAAUGCAUCAGCUGUGACUGAAUUUAUCCUAGUGGGGAUUCCGUUUCUCUAUGAUCUACAUAGGAUGUUCUUUGUCACAGGUUUAUUCAUAUAUGUCGUAUCUAUCCUGGGGAAUGGAUUUAUCCUUGUCAUUGUCGCCAUUGAGCCAAGACUUCAGACUCCCAUGUACUUCUUCCUGAGCAACUUGGCUUUUUUGGAGAUCUGCUACACCACAACUGUAGUACCUAAGCUGCUACAAACACUGCUACAGACACGGACCACAAUUUGUUUCCAUUGCUGCAUGGCUCAGAACUUCUUCCACUUCACAUUUGGAGGCACAGAGCUUUUAAUCCUUACAGUGAUGUCCUUCGACCGGUAUUUAGCAAUAUGCAAACCACUCCAAUACCCAAUGAUUAUGACCAAGAAUGUCUGCAUUCAGUUGUCCUUGGCCACUUGGUACUCAUCAUUCAUAGUCAUGUUUUUCCAAUGCCUCCUUGUAUGGAGGAUGUCUUUCUGUGCUUCCAAUGUUGUUGAUCAUUUCUUCUGUGAUGCUGCACCCAUGUUCAGCCUUUCGUGUACUGACACUCGCCUCAGUGAGCUUCUGGGAUUGCUCAGCGCUGUUGUAAUUAUUAUUUUGACCUUGAUCUUUACCAUAGUCUCGUACAUCUAUAUCAUCUCUACCAUAAUGCACAUUCCUUCAGCUGUUGGACGCAAGAAGGCUUUCUCCACCUGUACAUCUCACCUGACUGUGGUGUCUAUAUUGUAUGGAGCACUGGUGGUCAUGUAUGUGAGGCCCACACUGCGUUCCUCGUCUCGCUUAACCAGGGUUCUUGCGGUGCUGAACACUUCUCUCAUUCCAAUGUUGAACCCUUUCAUUUACACAAUCAGAAAUGCAGAAGUGAAGGCCGCUGUCAGGAAUGCAAUCUAUAAGAAGAGUCAGUUGCUGAAUGAAGAGUUUUUCAGUGUGUCCAAAAAA